GAGGAAGAAGACCUGAUCGAUGGCUUCGCCAUCGCCAGCUUCGCCAGCCUCGAGGCCUUGCAGAAGGAUGCAUCUCUUCAGCCCCCAGAGCGACUAGAACAUCGGCUGAAGCAUUCUGGGAAACGGAAGAGGGGGGGCUCCAGUGGGGCCACCGGGGAGCCCGGGGACAGCUCUGAUCGGGAACCUGGCCGGCCCCCUGGGGAUCGGCCUCGAAAAUGGCCCAAUAAGCGGAGGAGGAAAGAGGCCUUCUCCCGGCACUCUCUGGAAGCUGGAUACAUAUGUGAUGCAGAAAGUGAUCUGGAUGAGAGGGUCUCUGAUGAUGAUCUCGACCCAUCUUUUACUGUCUCAACCAGCAAAGCCUCGGGCCCCCACGGCGCCUUCAACGGGAACUGUGAAGCAAAACUCUCCGUGGUCCCUAAAGUGUCGGGCCUGGAGCGGAGCCAGGAACAGCCCCCAGGGCCCGACCCGCUGCUAGUGCCUUUCCCCCAAAAGGAACCGCCGCCUCCACCAGCCCCUCGGCCACGGCCUCCUGUCUCACCCCCUACACCCUUGCCGGCCACCCCUAGUCUGCCGCCCCCACCCCAGCCCCAGCUGCAGCUCCGGGUCUCGCCCUUUGGCCUCCGCACUUCUCCCUACGGCAGCAGCCUGGACCUCAGCACUGGCAGCUCUUCACGGCCGCCCCCCAAGGCCCUGGCCCCUCCCGUGGCUCAGCCUCCCCCCUCAUCAUCCUCUUCGUCCUCCUCAUCUGCCUCCUCCUCGUCCACGCAGCUCACCCACCGCCCCCCGACGCCCUCACUGCCCCUGCCUUUGUCUGCCCACGUUUGGGGUGGGGGGCCUUCUCCCUCCCCUCCCACAGAGCAGGACCUGAUCGGCCAGGACCUGAACUCCCGAUACCUGAAUGCCCAGGGUGGCCCUGAGGUGGUGGGGGCAGGGGGCUCGGCCCGGCCCCUGGCCUUCCAGUUCCACCAGCACAACCACCAGCACCAGCACACCCACCAGCACACCCACCAGCACUUCACCCCUUACCCCCCGGGCCUGCUGCCGCCCCACGGCCCCCACAUGUUUGAGAAAUACCCAGGAAAGAUGGAAGGCCUUUUCCGACAUAAUCCGUAUGCUGCCUUCCCUCCCACAGUGCCGGGGCUCCCGCCCGGCCUCCCACCCGCUGUCUCCUUUGGCUCCCUGCAGGGGGCCUUCCAGCCCAAGACCACGAACCCUGAGCCGCCACCACGACUGGGGCCAGUGUCGAGCGGGCUCCCCCAGAAGGGGACACAGAUUCCCGAUCAUUUCCGGCCACCUUUGAGGAAGCCAGGGAAAUGGUGUGCCAUGCAUGUGCGCUUGGCUUACAUGAUCCUGAGACACCAGGAAAAGAUAAAGGGUGAUUCCCACAAGCUUGACUUUCGGAAUGACCUCCUGCCCUGCCUUCCGGGGCCCUAUGGGGCCCUGCCCCCUGGGCAGGAGCUCUCCCACCCAGCCUCCCUCUUCACUGCGACUGGUGCCAUCCAUGCUGCAGCUAACCCUUUCACAGCAGCUCCCGGGGCCCACGGACCCUUCCUGAGCCCCAGCACCCACAUUGAUCCCUUUGGGCGUCCCACAAGUUUCGCCUCCUUGGCUGCCCUCUCCAACGGGGCCUUUGGAGGCCUGGGCAGCCCCACAUUCAACUCGGGCGCCGUUUUUGCCCAGAAAGAAAGCCCUGGGGCCCCACCAGCCUUCGCCUCCCCCCCAGACCCGUGGGGCCGCCUGCACCGCAGUCCCCUGGCCUUCCCUGCCUGGGUCCGGCCCCCUGAGGCCUCGCGGACACCAGGCUCGGACAAGGAGCGGCCUGUGGAGCGCAGGGAGCCCUCCAUCGCCAAGGAGGAGAAGGACAGGGACCUGCCCUUCUCCCGGCCCCAGCUCCGAGUUUCUCCUGCUACGCCCAAGGCCCGAGCUGGCGAGGACGGGGCUCGGCCCGCCAAGGAUUCGCUGGGGGAUCUGUUAAAAGCGCGGGUGGUCGGUGGGAAGACGGCAUUUCGAGUCUUUCAUAGGCUCGACUCAAACCGAGCGAGCGCCAGAGCCGGGGCUAAAUGCGCUCAGGCGCGCCUGACGGAUGCAGCCGAAGCGCGAACUACGCCUCCCAGGGUGCUCCGUGCGAGCGCGCCAGCGCCUUACACCAACACGUGA